UCUUCUGAAACUUCAGUGUAGUGAAAGAUUUUUCAUUCCAGAAGCGAUAAAAAAAGGGUUGUUUUUCGUGAAAAUUUUUGUGAAAAUCAAAUUGUUUGUGUGUGUGCUUGAUGGCAACAUCACCCAGCUCGAGUAUGGAGAGUGCAGCCACAAUCACAACCACCGAAGUGAUAGCACGACCAGCCAACGGAAUUGAGGAAGCUCCCGUUCUCAGGCUUCGUUUGCACAAGCCCAAGAGCGACAAGAAGGUUUCCUGGAAUUCAGACACAGUGGACAAUGAGGGGAUGGGCAAGAAGAAAUCCAAAUGUUGCUGCGUCUACCACAAACCACUGAAUUUUGGUGAGAGUUCAUCGGAGGAUGAGGAUGAAUGUGAGCAUUGCUUCGGGCAUGUGGAGAUGCGGAAAAAGAAGCGAAUACCACCUGAUGGUGAUGCAGAUGAUGAUGGAUCAAAACCUCCAGAAGGGUUUGAUGAAGCAGACGGCGCAGGACCAAGCCGUGAUUCCGGGGGAGGUUCACGGGGUCCUCCGGGAGAGUCAUCGAGUCGCGGUUAAAAUGAUCCUAUGCCCUUUUAAUAAUUAUUGUACUUUAGAUUCCAUAAAUAAAAUGCCUUUAAAAUGUU